AUGCGGAACACCGUGGGGCGCAACAACGUCUUCUACAUGCAUCUGACCCUGCUCCCCUACAUCUCGGCGUCCGAAGAAUUGAAAACCAAACCGACCCAGCACAGCGUCAAGGAACUGCGGAGCAUCGGGAUACAACCCGACGCCCUGGUUUGCCGCAGCGAUGCCGAGGUCACCACCGGAAUCCGCGAGAAGCUGUCCCUGUUUUGCGACGUCGCCACCGAGGCCGUUUUCCCCAUGCCCACGGUGAACAAUGUCUACGAAGUACCGCUGGUGAUGGACCACUUUGGCGUAGGCCGUUGUCUGUCGGAGACUCUCGGCCUGAACGGGGCCAGCCAACUGGAUCGCGGUGGUCGGGAAAUAUGUCGAGUACCCCGACUCGUACAUGUCGUGCGCGAGGCGCUGCGGCAACGCCGCGGCAUCCUGCGGUUUGCGGGCGGACGUGCGCUUGGGUCCAUUCCGAAGCAAUCGAGCGGGACGGCCCGGGACGCCACCUGGGCGGACGCUUCCGGAAUCGUGGUGCCCGGUGGAUUCGGCCCCAGGGGCGUCGAAGGUAUGAUCGACACCAGCCGCUACGCCAGGAACAAGCACGUACCCUACCUGGGAUUGUGUCUGGGCAUGCAGGUGAUGGUCAUCGACUGGGCGCGCGACGUCACCGGCCUGAAGCACGCGAAUUCUACUGAACUGGAUCCUGACUGCGAGCACCCGGUAAUCGACAUCAUGCACGGGCAGCGCACCAUCACCGACCUGGGCGGCACCAUGCGCCUCGGUCAUUACCCGUGCCAACCCCAGAACAAUACCCGAACCGCCGACGCCUACGCCCGUUCCGAAAUCAGGGAGCGUCACCGGCACCGCUAUGAGGUGAACAACACCUACCGGGAAUGCCUGGAAGCCUCGGGCAUGGUGAUGAGCGGGUUAUCUCCGACGGAGAAUUGGUUGAAGCAACGGAAGUGCCGGACCAUCCGUUCAUGGUCGGCGUACAGUUCCAUCCCGAAUUCCAGUCGCGACCGAACCGCCCCCACCCCCUGUUCAGCGCGCUGA